AGUAGACUUACUUAGACUAUCUACACCCCGGUCACUCUACUUCCGGGAAAGUGGUCAUAUCAGUGGUCAGGUGACCUUUACACCUGCAAUCGAGUAAAGAGAAUGAUUAAUAGUACUCGGUUAUUAAUUAAUCCACUCGGGACUGUGGGUAUUCUCAAAUUAGCAACACAGCCAAUAUCUUUGACGUGGACGCUUGCGAUUAGUGGGGCAAAACGGAAUGUACAUAUGAGGCUCUUAACAGAUAUAGCCCAAGCCAGAAAUAUGUCAACUCACCAAAUAUCAAAAUAUAUUGAGCUGGUGAGACCUCCAUCAUCAUCUGAGUCAGGCAUUCAAGAUGCAGAAGAGAAAUUGAAAGGACCACUUGUAAUGAUGUUACCAUGGUUAGGGUCAACACCUAAAUCAGUGCGAUAUUACCAAGACAUUUACCUUAAAAGAAACUGGGAAAUCUUGAUGGUUCAUUCGCAAGUAGGUCACUUCCUAUGGCCUCCAAGGGCUACUGCGCUCACUCGGCAAUUAUUGGACUACCUGAAAAAUGAACAAUCAAACCGACCAAUUGUAAUCCAUGCUUUCUCCAUUGGGUGUUACAUUUAUGCUAUGUCAUUGCUACAUCUAGCAAAGUCAUCGAAGUAUGAUGGUGUGAAAUCGCAGAUUAUUGGACAGAUUUUCGACAGUAUGGUGAUCGGUGGGCUACACAAAAUGGCUACCGGGGUUGCAAAAACCACACACGAUAACGCCUUUGUGCAAAAAUUAAUUCUGAAGUCAUCACUGGCUUACUUCUGGCUCACAAAAUGCGUGACCGUGAAAAAUUACGAUCAAUCACUAGACACGAUUAAGCACACUCCAGUCAUUGCUCCGAUACUUUGUUUUUACUGCAUGAAUGACAUCAUGAGUGAUCCAGAGUGCGUUGAAGACUUGGUGAGAUUUUGGGAAGAGGAUCUUGGGAUUCAGAUGUCUACAAAAUGGUGGCCUGCUUCAGUCCACGCCCAACAUCUAAGACAUCACCCUCGAGAUUACAUGUCAGCCCUGGACAGGUUUCUUAGUCAGUUAGAUUUCAAGUUCAAUGACAAUGUCAAAGCCAGACUGUAG